CCCGCCCCGGAAGUCCCCGCACAGCCCGCCAUGCUGCCCAAGAUGGCGGCUGACGGCCCGGCCGAGCUGCUGGCGGCGGCGCAGGCGCAGUUCACAGCGCGGCAGUUCGGGGUGGCGGAGGAGCUGUACAGCCGCUUCAUCGCGGGGGGCGCGGGAACCGGCCGCGAUCUCGCCACCGCCCUCAAUAACCGCGGGCAGAUCAAAUACCUCCGGGUGGAGUUCGAUGCAGCUAUGGAGGAUUACACGGCCGCCAUCCAGAGCCAGCCCGCCUUCGAGGUGCCCUACUACAACCGGGGCUUGGUGCUCUACCGGCUGGGUUGCUUUGAUGAGGCCAUGAAGGAUUUCAGGAAAGUUUUAGAGUUGAACCCACAGUUUGAAGAUGCUGCGUUAAGUCUAAAGCAGGCGAUUCUUGACAAAGAAGCAAAACAAAAGCGAGGUUAUUGAAAACUCAGCUAAUGAUGGGAACGUGUUUUACUGAACACUUCAGUGAUCUUUGUCACUGAUGGAUGAAACAAGAUCAUUUAUUUACGUUCACUGUGCUCUACUGGAGAAACGUCCUCUUUGGGUAAAUAAGUUUAAAAUGUAUUAUAAUUUGAAAAUAAACUAUUUUUAGAUAUU